AUGAACCGCAUUGAGGAGGAACAUAACCAGGCUAGGACACCAACGUGGGGAAAGGUACAACCGGGACCAUUCACCAGUCAUAUCCGGACGUUCAGACACGAAAAGGAGAUCCAAGCACUACGAAUAUCAUUCUAUUCGGGGGUGGAAGACCCUGUUACUCACAUUCAUACCUUCCAUUCAGCUCUGGGUUGCAAAGGGCUAACGGACGAAGGCCAAUGUUUACUAUUCCAGUCCACCCUGACCGGAGCUGCUCUGAAUUGGUUCUACCGAUUGGCACCAGGUACGGUUGACUCAUUUGAUCAGUUGAAGCAAACUUUCCUCAACCAUUUUAUGAUUCAAACCGAUCGCCUAUACUCUGCAGAUGACCUCUAUACCAUUCGGCAACAAGACGAUAAGCCCCUGAGGGAAUACGCGGCUAGGUUCAGCCAUGAAUACUCCCGAUGUCUAGAAACUGACGAUAGGGCAGCCUUCGGCGCCUUCAAAAGCGGCCUUCGGUCGUCUCAGUUUCGCUAUCUGGUCUACAGCAGCAACUGGACCACCUACGUCGAGCUAAUGAAGCAGGCAGCUAUCCACGCCAAAGCCGAACAUUUCAACUCCAAGGGAUCGGCUUCGGCUCCCCCAAGCCAAACAACAACGGCCGAUCGGCCUUCAACACAGAGCCAUGACCGAUUUCCGGCAAAUCAAACUAUCAGCCAGGCCCCCUACCGAACGGCACCCCCAACCUCUGCUCCUUACGAGGCCCGAAACAAACGGAAAGACGACUUUCGGGAUCGGCAGGACGGCGGCAAAUGA